AUGGGAUAUGAAGACGUUGCUACCAGCGCUUUGGCCUUGCUCGAGCACAAUAUCGACAUGCUCAAGGUUUCCUCCUCGCCUCCGACAACUCAGCCAGGGACUGCAUCUGACGGGAACCAAGCGUCUGCUUCCUCGACGGACACGACACGUUCACAGCGUGAGUUUGGCACCAGGUUACCGAAGUUAGAACUUGUACGUUUAGACGGAACAAUCACCAGAUGGCAGCCGUUCUGGGACAUGUUUCUUCAUUCUGUUCACGAGAACCCGCGGCUGUCCGACACCAAUCGCUUCCAUUACCUGGUUUCGUUACUUGAUGGAGCUGUUGCUCAAACGGUCGCCGCAAUCCAAGUGACGGAAUCAAGCUACAGCGAUGCACAUGGAAUAUUGAAGCAGCGCUACGGCGACCGCAAGUUGAUCGAGCAGAAGCUCUUGGAAAACCUUCGAAUGCUCGGAUCGGUGACAUCUUCGAACAACGCUAUAGCCUUGCGGAAGUUGCUUGACGACAUUCAACUCAACUGA